GUUGUGACUGCCUGAGAAGAUUAGCAUGGCAGAGGUGGUUCGUGAAGAAAGCAUCAGAAUAGCAACAGAAUACAACGACAUGCCUGAAACUUUCUCCCCAGGGUCAACUACUGCAGCGCCUGGGCAGAGUUACUACAAGGGCCUCGCUGUGGCGUUUGGACUCCUGUGUCUCCUACAAGUCGGUCUCAAUGUUUCCCUUCGUAUAUACAAUUCUGGAAAGAUGGCCAACAUUGACUUCAAUCGUGCAAAUGAGACUGCAGUCAUGAAGAUGAAGCUCAAUGAAUUAGAGAAAUAUCUCCAACAAGGAUGGCUGUAUUUCCGAACCAGUCUCUACUACGUGUCACCAGUGCAGAAAUCCUGGUUUGACAGCAGAAACUUCUGUGUUGAAAGAGGUGCAGACCUGGUGGUCAUCAACAGCAGAGAAGAGCAGGAGUUCACAAAUCAAUUUGUCAGGAUUACAUGGAUUGGACUGAGUCAACAGCAGGACAACGGGCAGUGGGUUUGGGUGGACGGGACUCUGCUGACCAGAAGCUUCUGGUCCCCUGGAGAGCCAAAUGAUUUUGAGGGAAUUGAGGAAAACUGCACUGAAAUAUGUGAACAUUCUAUAGAAAAGAGCUGGAAUGAUGCUCCUUGUCAACAGACGAACUUUUGGAUCUGUGAGAAGAAUAUAAAUUUCCUGUAACAAAAUGCAUUUCUUUGCUUCAGUAGAAUCACUGUCCAUCUCACCUCAAUAGUCCACUAUGAUCUAUAGCAUUUUAUUUUUCCACGUCAAUUGAGGGAAGAUGUGUUUUUGCAUUUUAUUAAAUCAUCAUGAGAUGAAUUAUGAGCAGAUAAUAAUUCAUAACUCUGAGGAAGCUGAUGCUUGAGCCUUCUGCUGUUCUCUUGUAUCAUUGCAGCUUCAAGCCAGACAAUAUUUUACCAGAGGUUUCUGGAUCAGGAAACCAGUUUUUGGAUGAGCAUUUGU